UAUACCUUUUGUGCCAGCACAAGUUUAUUAGAAGAACCGAAAUAAGACUUGUGAGGGAAAGGGUUUAACCACAACCUGAAUUACUAACCUAAAAAUCAGACGGGCACCGGAAAUAUGAACCGGACGUUCCCCCAGCGGAGAAGUAUGGAUGCCUCGUCCUUUGGAUCCACAGUGUCUAUGCUCUCAAGGGAUGAGAAGGAUGCAUGUUGUGGCUGCAGCAGAAAAUGCAUGUGCGUCAUAAGCGUGACAUUACUCCUUCUAAUGAUCAUCGCUGCUGCCAUCGUGUGUGCGGUGGUGCUCGCCCUCCCUGCUCGCACCCUAGAAAGUCGCUACUGUGUCACAUCGGACAACCACACCGGAUUCUUAUGCGAUGACAGAAUAACGUGUCUGCUGCCAUCGCAGGUCUGUAAUUCUGCAAGUGACUGCGGCAAUGGGGAGGACGAAACGACUUCACUGUGCAGUAACCUGCCUGAUAAUUUGCCUGGAUAUUUAUUAUUUCGAUGUGGAAAUCCUCAAAUCUGGAUAUACAGCAACCUGAAGUGUAACGGCAUUAAUGAUUGUGGAGACUGCUCCGAUGAGUCCCAGGCCUUGGCAUCCUGUUCCUCCUGUCUGAGUAAUUGGUGGCCAUGUACCCCAGUGCUCUACCAGUACUGCAACUGCAUCCCCACUUCUUUGUGUCGCAAUGGAGUCCAAGACUGUGUGAGCUGGUCUGAUGAGUAUAUAUGCCCCUGACAAGACCGGAAGCCUCAUGUACUCCUACUUGUGAAUUCCUGAUCACCUAGCCUUAUAUUAACGUUUAUGUGAUGUGGACCCCACCCUGGAUAUAAUCUCUUCUGUAAAUGGAGACAUCAGCGUGACAUACAUGCACAGGUCAGAUGUGAUUGUUUGGGACGGGGUGUUACACAUUGCACAGGACAUGGAAGGCUGCACACCAAGUGCUUCUUGCAGGAUCAUCAAUAGCGCUUACAUGUAUGUAAUAUGUGUGAAUGAACCGUUUAUAGCAGUGGGUGCGUGGUGACACCACAGAAGCACGUCCUAUUUUGUCUGUGAUUAUGGAUCCCUCCCACAUUAUAGUCAAGUGAAAACCAUGGUCACAACACAGAUGCCAUCCAUGUGUGGUCAGUGGUUUUCACGAAUCAUUGGUAGGCGAUGCUCCGGAAAUUAAUUUUCAGCCUAGCAGUAUCCAUGGAAUUUGGAUGACACACGGAGGGCAAAAAAAUGGACAUACGGCCAAACAAGGAUCCUUCGUGGAUAUCUUCACUGACCACCUUGUCACGGAUGCCACCACGGACAUGGACGUGUGAAAGAGACCUAAGAUAGAUAUCAGUGAAUCUCUGUCUCAAAUAGGAUUUGCAUUUUAAAUUUCAAAUUUGCUAAUUUUAGUGGACUUAAAUUAUACAAAAAUUAAAGUCCUGUAACUGUAUGAACGAACUGUAAAUAUGUCUACC